AUGUGCCCGGGCACCAUUGGUGUAAAGAAUCAUAUAGAUCCAGCCUUUACAGUCAACCUUGAAGUCGGCCCAGAACUAACAGCAUUACAUCUAGCCGCGCUGCUGGGUAACGAUGCCCUAGUACAGCUGCUUCUCAAAAAGGGGGUCGACAUCAAAGCGAAGAGUGUUUACCUGUUGCAGCCAGAGACCACGGAACCUAACCACGGCGAAAGCGUUAGAUAUCUGCUUCUUGAUAACGGCCUCAAUGAAAUACGAGGCGAUCUUACGCAGCAUAAUGCUACCAAACAAAAGCUUCUUAAUAAGCACCCGAACAAGCCUUCAGAAGCACAGACAGCGGAAAUCCGUGAUGAAGAAGAAGUUGCACGGCAUCAGCAGUUCGAGCUCAUCUUUGAGGAACCAUCGGGAACAGUCCAGCACGAGAGACCAUUAUCCGCAAGGUCACCUGCAAUCCCAACGCCACGAUAA